GACCUUGAAAAAUCUAGUUAUUGCCCUGAUUGCGUCUUCUUAAAACGGGUACGGGGUGUGUGACAUAAGGUAUAUUGUAUUGUAUCAGAUGCCAUUGUGGAGUACGUAGUCUCCUGCACCUUUUCCGCCUUGACGUAAGGCAGCGCUAAUUAUCUGAAUAGAUCACACACUAAGUUGUUACAUUAGUUUUGAUUUUUGUCCGCUACACUGCAAAUUGUUAUCAACUGUGUGGUUAUAAUUUCAUAACACAAAUCUUCUGUUUCUGUUAAAAAUUACUGAAUGCUGAAAGUAGCCAGUAAAUCUUGUCUAAAUGAUACCCGAUACCUAGUUCACGCUGCUUCUAAUAGCUACCUAGGUACCGUACCUAGGCACUUAGGUACCGUACCUUCAGGGGCUGGAGGAAAUUAUCUUCACCACUCUGAUACCCCAACUACUGCUCUCCAAGAGACUCUCCCUCGUCUUCCUAUUCCUAACCUAGCGGACACCUGUGCAAGAUAUCUGAACGCACAGAGACCUCUCCUAACUGCUGCUGAGUUUGCUGCUACUUCUGAUACUGUCAACAAGUUCAAGAAGGGUAUAGGCAGAGACCUCCACGCGGCACUCCUAGCCAGAGAAAAAACACUUGACCCUCAACACAGCUAUAUCCACCAUGCCUGGCUUGACAUGUACCUAUGUGACCGAAGGUCCGUCCUACUCAAUUCCAACACCUUCCUAACCUACUCCGACCAUCCGGACCCAGCGCUUAACACCCAGAUAGACAAAGCAACACAGCUGGUUACAUCCACUCUGCGCUACUUCUGUACGCUGCGCGACAAUAAGUUACCACCCAUCAAUGCGUGUAUGAUGCAGUUCCCGCUGCUGUUCCAGUCUACGCGUAUUCCCGGCAAGACCCGUGAUGAGAAUGUGAAGUUCCCUGAUUCUAGACAUCUUGCAGUGCUGCACAAGGGACAUGUUUACAGUAUUGAAGUUUUGGAUAGUAAAGGUGAAAUAAGAGACACUGGCGCUUUGCAGUUAGCGCUAGAGGAGAUUCUAGCUGACUCACGAGCUCCUAACAAACAAGGAUUAGGGUAUUUCACUGCACUGGAAAGAGAGGAUUGGUCUAACGUGCGCGCAGAGCUUGAAGCGCAGAACAAACUUUUUCUAGAUGUCAUUGAUGAAGCAAUCUUCGUGUUGUGUCUGGAUGAUUUGAAGACCCAGAACUCAGGUGAGGUUCUGAAGAACGGACUGGUUGGAGAGGGCCACAACCGGUGGUUUGACAAGUCGUUUAGUUUGGUGGUUACUCAGGAUGGAAAGGCAGGUGUGAACUGGGAACACUCUAGGUUAGAUGGUUUCGCAAAAAUGAACAUGAUGAACAACGUGCAUAUUGAUUAUUUGAGACAGGUGCCUGUGAAGAGUGCUGGAAGUGAUGCUAUACCUGUUGUUAGAGUUGAUCCUGUCUACAGUGACUCGAUUCUAGGUCAACUUGAAAAGGCUAAAUCUCAGUAUGUAGCUGCUAAUUCGGGAUCUAAAGUUGAAGAUUUCAACUUUGGUGGUUUCGGAAAGAGUGUAAUCAAAAAGUUCGGAAUGAGCCCAGAUUCUGUGAGUCAGCUGAUAUUCCAGAUGGGGUAUUGGAGAACACACGGGGAGUGUGUGGGAACAUACGAGUCAGGUAGUACCGCUCAUUAUAGAUCAGGGAGAACUGAGACUAUCAGAUCCUGCUCGACUGAAACUAAAAACUGUUCUGUAGCAUUUGAUCACGAUCAUCAGGCCAGCUUAUCUGAGAUUGUGGAUCUGCUCAAGAAAACCUCCUCAAAGCAUGUGUCACUUUGUAAGGAAGCUGCUCAAGGAGAAGGGUUUGACAGACAUUUGCUUGCGUUGCGCACGAUGAACCGACAUCAAGGGGAGAAAGAGUUGGAGUUGUUUACAGAUCCGAGUUGGGGUAAGAUGGCGAAUAUUGGGCUGUCUACCAGUACUGUUGGGUCACCGGCUCUUAAACUAUACUUAACUUUUGGGGCAGUUUCUUCUCAAGGCUAUGGGAUAGGUUACUUGAUGAGUAAAGAAAGUUUCGGAGCUGCCGUUUCCUGCUACCUCCCCAACGAUCACUUCAGUGAUUUUGUAGAUAAUAUGGGGAAAUCUGCUGAAGAUUUGUUGGCUGUGUUCCAAGGGAAGAACUUUAAACCUUCUAGAAUUUUAUCAUUUUAAACGUCUGGAUUUUGAUGAUCUUGAUAAUAUGUUUUUAUAAAAACUUGAUAGGGACAGUUGAUGUUAUGCAAUUUCGAUGUCAGACUUCAGAGUGUCUUUAGGGUGCACCCCGUUGUUAUAAUGGUAGUGCUGCUCGUUUGCUGCUUCGCUAAAUUUUGUCGAAGUCCGACUUUAACUGAAAGUUCGUCUCGGCGAAGUCUAUGGGCAUUUUCUUUCCAUCUUCUAGAAGUUUCCAUUCCACUUCUGCUGAUACAAUGACAAAUGAUGACAAACCAACACCAACGUCGCCAAGUUUUUGUAUUCCGUAAAACUUUGCUAAAGAUUAUUCUAUCACAAUAAAAUAAAUUCUACAAUAAAUCAUAUAGAAUUAAACUCGUAGAUAUAAACAAGAACGUCCCUCAGGGAGCAGGUUCCAUAACACAUAACUUGGCUGCUUUUACUCCAAAAGAGUUUUAUAGUGGGUCGAUUUUGAGCAUUGUGUCUCUAUUUGUGUCUCUAAUUGUCUCUAAGUAAUUGAUUGUCUCUCUAAUUAGUAUGUAUACAACU